CCACCGUCCUCAUCCGCGAUUAGACGUAGAUCCCCAAUAAAUUUGCCGCUAAGACCGUGUCGAGACUUGUUUACAACUUCAAAAACCGUGACAUUUCGCCGUGUUUGCGACCGUUGCUCAACAAAUUAAUAUUGUCGUCGAGCAAGGAUUAAUCGUUUUGUUUCUCCGUCUUUUUAGUUGAAAUUGAAACCCGUUGAUGUGAGAGAGAGAGAGCGUCCAUGACCCCCGUAGGCUGCGCGCUGUGCUGCGGAGGGAUAUCUUAUUGGAGCCGACAAUGUGGAGGCUGUUAAAAUGUCUACUUGGAAAAUGAAAUGCUAUAGUUUUGUUAAAUGAGAGAGGAAAAAAAGAAAAAAAAGCAGCCCAGGCCCAGUAGAAGAGUUCUGAAUCGUACGAGGGAGGUGGUUUCAGCUCCGUGACGAAGACGCCAGCGCUAGUAGUAGUUGAUCCCGUGUUCCCUCCUCCUCCUCCUCGCCGAGCCGCGGACCGGACUGCGGGAGCGGAUCUAUCCCCAACUUUGUUUUCCCUUCUUCUUCUUCCUCCUCCUCCACUGCUGCUGGAUGCCACAGCAUUGAACCCAGUCGGUUGCUGAGACUGAAAGGGCCCAGUGAAACGCAGCAGAGAAUGGCUGCAGUGGAAACGGACAAGGAGCUCAGCGAUUUGCUGGAUUUUAGUGCGACUUUUGAGCUGCCAGUUUCAAAUGGUAAAAAUGGCCCAACUACUCUCGCCAGCAGUCAGUUUGGAGGUUCUGGUAUAGACGAGAGGAGUGGGUCCAGUCCCUGGGGUCCAGGAGAGCAGAAUAGUCCACCGUUCAAUCAGAGAAGGGGUUACGGAGAAGAAGCCCUUUACGCUGAACGAGAGGGCAUGGCUUCUGCCCCAGUAUUCGGAUCAGGAGGUGUUGCCAAGGCUGAACGUGGACCAUAUGCAUUUGGAGCACAGCCGGGUUUUAUGCUCAGUGAGAUCCCUAUGCCCAAUCCUGAUGACCCAUCUGCUGUUAAGUUCAGUUCCCAGUUUUACCCAUCCUUUGAGGGCAGCAACCCUCGCAGGAGACCCGCGCAGGAACCUAUUGAACCACAGCCAAAAAAGAUCAGAAAGGUGCCCCCUGGCCUGCCUUCUACUGUUUAUGCAUCAGCCCCAGGAGAUGAAUUUAAUCGGGAAAGUGCUUGCUACCCCGCCUCCAAACCAGGAAAUGUCUACCAACCACCAUUCUACAUGCAAGAGGGCCUCCACCCACCCUCUGAUCCUUGGGGCUCUGCCGGGUCGAUGGUUCAGCCUGGUUACUCUGCUGUGCUGGGUAAUUCCCCCCAUCAGAGCCAACAUGGUUCAUUUGCUGCCAUCAACCCCCAAGACAGACUGAAACGGCAGCCCCUCCCCCUUUCUCCCCAAAACUACCCCCUGCAUGGCAGUGAGGUGAAUGGGACUCAUCCCGCUGGCUUUCUCUCUGGCUCCAGCAGCUUUGGAGUCCCCAGCCACACACCCCCUAUCUCUGGCACUGAAACCAUAAUGGCAAAUCGGAGUGCAAUACCUGGAAGUUCAGGGGAUGAGAUUGGAAAGGCCCUGGCAUCUAUCUAUCCGUCAGACCCGACCAGUAACGUUUUCCCUCAGUCCCCGUCUACUUCCUCUGGCUCUCCUCAGGCUGUAUCAGGCUCUGCAUCACAAUGGACUCGGUCCUCUGGCCAGGCUACACCUUCACCUAACUUUGAGUCUGGAAUUCAGUCUAUGCCAAGUAGAAUGGAGGACCGCCUGGAAGAAGCCAUCAGUGUUCUUCAGCGACACGCCGGUGGACAGGGAGGGCCCGGACUUGCUGAAAUGCAUAGUCUCCUGUCAGCUGGUUUAGGAUUGCCAUCAGGCUUCAAUAGUGCAGCACUUUCACUGGCCAGUCGCCUACCGGGACUGAUGUCCAGCCAUCACGAGGACUCUGUUGGUCUGCCCUCUAGUGGAGGAAUGUUGCAUCAUGGCCCUGCAUCUGUUCGUUCAGGCUCUCAGCCUGAAGGCUUCACAGGCCUAUCUGGUAAUGUGAGUCGUUCCAGUGGUGCUGCUAUCAAACGAGAGGACAAAGAGGAUGAUGAGAACUGCUCCAUUACAGACAAGUCAGAGGACGAGAGAAAAGAUAUGAAGGCACGGCUUCAAACAAGUCUGGAUGAUGAGGAAGACGAUGAGGAUUUACCAGUGGAGGUUAAGGCUGAGCGGGAGAAAGCACGGAGGGUUGCAAACAACACUCGUGAACGUCUACGUGUGCGGGACAUCAACGAGGCUUUUAAGGAGCUGGGCCGCAUGUGUCAGCUCCAUCUGAGCUAUGAGAAACCACAAACCAAAUUGACCGUACUGCAACAGGCUGUUAACAUUAUACUCAACCUGGAGCAACAAGUUCGAGAGCGUAAUCUGAACCCAAAGGCCGCCUGCCUCAAGAGAAGAGAGGAGGAGAAGGUCUCUGGUGUGGAUCCCCAGAUCCAGCUAGGUGGGGGUCACCCUCCACUAGGAGGGGAUGGACACAACUCUGUGAGCCAUAUGUAAUUCUCAGUUCCUGGUGAUUGUACAGCUCUUAUAACGUGGCCUUAUCUAUCAUUGUCUUGCAUCUCGGUGUGUGUUAAUCAGCAUUGGAAAAGACAGACGUCUCAUCAUUGAAAAAACAGGUGGCCACAUUCCUAAUGAUGGGUUCAUGUAUAAGAAGCACACAACAUAAAAAAGAAAGUUUAUUGAUCUUUACAUGACAAUACCUUGAACUGUGGACACUGCUUUUGGAGACAGUGGACAUUGAACAUCCGGAUGCUCUUAUGAUCAUGUUUUUAUAGAAUAUUGUAAAAGAAAUUGCUUUACUUGUUGGGAGCAAAAUUUGCUUGGAUCAAAUAAUACUUUUGGAUCAAUUGCUCAUGUGAGCAAAGUUGGGAUUUAUAUUGUUGGAUAAUUAUUGGCAUUCCCGUCAGCAAAAAGGGGUCUUACAUUCUUCGAAAGACAAGAGGAAUAAUGUAUAGCCUAUGAUUGAACAAGACCUGUGUGAUCAUGCCAUGAGAGGCUUCAUACAUAGUGUUUGUUGAGGAAAAAAAAAAUCCUCAUGUUGUGACUGAAUUACAGAGGUAAGUUUGGAUACUUUCACCACUAGCCACUAGGUAAGAAAACUGACUCCUCUUUUUUUACAUGCUGGUAUUUCUUUAAAUUUAUUGCAGUGGCUGAAAAGGUCCCACAGUCACUGACUCGAACAUACUGGAUGACGAUGAUUAUUAUUAUUUUUUAUUUUUCCACUUGCCUCUGAGCUGUGGAUUCAGAGUCUCAUCUCAUAAAGUCUUGUGCAUCUGUUUUUGUCACUGCCAUGCAAGUGGAAUGGAAAGAUUGCCAGAGAAAGGCAGAUCACUGACAAAGACACCACUCAGUGCAACUGGGGAUCCACAAUGAGGCUGAAUAAAAUUUACACACGACAGCCCAGCCACCCCUCUCUGAAGCUGCCGCUGGACUCGAGCAUCUUUCACCAUUGUGAAGUCAGUCGCUUUCAGCCAUGUAGUCAGUGCAAUCUGACUGAAAUAGAACCAGCAUCAACCUGCCUGCGUCUCAUCACACAUGAGGAUGCUGUUACAGCAUGGUGAACUUACCAGAAGUCUCAGAGCAAAUUGUAUUCUAGAAAAAUGACAUUUUGCUUGUAGACUAAAGUAUUGAAAGGGAUCAUGAGUGUUACUGCUACUUUUGGGAGAAUUUCCUGUUUUUUGCCAGUGACUGACCUGUUUUGGUUGCUCUGUGUUGAGCGUUUGGUGUUUUUUGCCCCCCCACCCCCACCCCAACCCCAUUGAACAAUUGUGGAGCCUGUUAUAAGGAUCUUCCUUUUGUAGAAUUGAUAAAUCUUUUUUUUUCUUUUUUUUUUUUUUACUUUGUAACAAAGUUGUAAGAGUUGUGUUUGUAUCAUUUGGAUUGCAUUUUCUCUUUGUUUACAUUGUUUUAAUGUAACACAACUUAAUUUAGGUUCCAGGAACAAAGUGAGAAGUUUUCUUUGGUGCGAGGGGCUUAGAAAUGUUACAAAUGACAAAACGUAACAUCACAUGUUGUGGUGUUGGUCUAUACUUUUAAAUCCCAGUUUAAACACACACCAAUCAGGCCAGUUAUAAUUGGAUUGAUCUGAUGUUUGUUACGUUUUUUGUUCUUUUUUUCUUUAGCACACCACCCUCCUCCCCUGCUUGAUGUCCAGUUCUGUAAUGAGCUUGUUGAUUAUUUUGAGGGAGGGGCAGAUGGAGUGGUCUGCACAAUCUACAACAAAAUUCAGUUACAACACAAUAUGAAACAUACAAUUAAUCAAAAAGAGUGGCCUUACUCAAUUUUCUGACUUUGGGAGUUUUGAUAAUGGUUACUCACCUGUGCCUAAAUACAUCUCUGCUACAUGAUGGUUGACAUUGCAUUCAAUUUAAGAUUUGUAUUACUGAUGUACAAAAACAUGCAUAUUACAGCAAUGUUUGAUGUGAAGAUGAAAUGAAGAAUUAUAUCCGUUGGCGUCAUCUGCUUCAGAGUACAUGUGUCAAGAGAUGCAAGUUGUUUAAUAACACGAUGUACAACUUUGAUGCUUAAGAUUGUACGUAUAUUUCCCUUUUUUUUAUUUCUCAUUUUGUUACAUGAUUUUGUUGUAGAUUGGCAUGUGCAUUGAUAUAUGUGUACGGCUGUAUGAUGUGUCCUUGUCAGCUUUAUCAUUGUAGGCUGGCACUGAUAUGUAACAGUAUUUGUCAUUUAUCACAUAUUCUGCCUUGUGGUAGAUGCUUAAAUGUACUUUUCUUUAUCAGUUACUCUAACCUUUUCUGAGGAAGAACAGUAUUUGUGUUGUGGAAAAUUACUACUGAAGACUUUUUUUUAAAUGAAAACAUAAGUCUACAGUAAUCGAGUCUCAAAAUUUUCACCCAAUAUAUUUCUGUUAUUUGACCCUUUCUGUACUCCUUGAAAGACGUGCAACAGAUCUGUCUUCUCUCAUGUUUGAGGACAACAUGUAUGUAGGCUAUGUCCUCAAAGUGCCUCCAGUUUCCUAUUUUUUUUAUAUAUGUAUACUGUACAUAUAUAUAUAUAUAAAGUAGAAAUUGAGAACUGUUGUGUAUAUAACAGUGAUGUAGCAAUAAAUGUUCCAUUUUUAAUAACUAA